AUGACCUCAUUCGCCGCCAGAUCGAUCCUACGCUCCGCCUCAACAUCCGCCCGAGGCGCCGCCGCCAGAAUCUCCGCCGGUGCCAAGCCUAGGGCUUCUCCUUCCCCUUUCCGCGUCCCGACUCAGAAACCCCUUUCCGCUCGCAUUUUCAGGUCACCUGUGGAGAUGAGCAGCGUUAACGUGGCGUCUUUGCUGCCGUACCACACAGCAACCGCCUCUGCGGUUCUCACUUCCAUGCUCUCUGUUGCUCCUCGCGGCUACGGUUGGACUCUUGAAGUGAUAGAUCCUGUUCAAGAAGAUACCAAUGGCACAAAAAGACUAGAUGAAGGUCGUGAAAUGGAGGUGAAGUGA